AUGGUGGUGCGGGUCUUCGGGUAUGGGUCCCUGAUCUGGAACCCCGGCUUCGAUUUCAACAAGAAGAUCCUGAGAUUCAUCAAGGGCUACAAGCGAACGUUUAAUCUCGCUUGCAUUGACCAUAGAGGCGCACCAAAGAAUCCAUCCAGGACCUGCACCCCUGAAUCCGAAGAUGAAGAAAUAUGCGUAUUCAACGUGAGGAAUUUCAUACUUUUGGUGUGGUGCUAGCAAAUAUAGUGACCAAAGAUAGUGAUGAGAAAGGGUGGAGCUGAGUAUGCCACACAUGGAUAUGAUUAUUCCCCGUAUGUUCUUUUUGGCAAUCCACUUCAUCACUGACUCAUCUGUGUAUGGGUUCCAAAGUUUGGCCACAACUAGCUUGAUUCGGAGACAUUUCGUAUUAGGAGUUAAACUUUGGUUUGGAGGCAUUGAGCUUUGCCAGUAACUAGCUUUGUUACUUGGUAUACUUCUGUCAGCAUUCAGGAGCCCCGUAGUUGUGUAGCGGGUCGCGGGAGAGGCAGCCGGUGAGUGCGAGCUGGACGAGAAAGUGAUGCCUGCGAUGGCGAACCAUGCCGGCGGGCAGGGCAGGGUCGACGCUCUAAAUGUACUUCCUGACAGCUUGUCUUAGUCUUAAUAAAAGUGCAUAUCUGCAGCAUCCUUUCAUUUAUUUGGCAUAUCCUACUUUAAAAAAUAUCCUUGACUCGCAUCGAUUUCAAAUAACUGAAGUA